GCAGGUAGAGCUGGCGGGCAGCAGUGUGUUUGAUUACGUUCACCCGGGCGAUCAUGUGGAGAUGGCCGAGCAGCUGGGCAUGAAGCUUCCGCCGGGCAGAGGGCUGCUGUCUCAGGGCGGCGGGGCCGAGGACGGGGCCAGCUCUGCCUCUUCUUCCUCUCACUCUGAGACACCUGAGCCAGUGGAGUCGAACAGCCCUAGUCUUCUGUCGCCGGAUAACAUUCUAGAACGUUCCUUCUUUGUCCGUAUGAAGUCCACGCUCACCAAGAGAGGCGUCCACAUCAAGUCCUCUGGAUACAAGGUUAUCCACAUUACCGGCAGGCUGCGGAUAAGAAUGGCAUUAACACACAGUCGUUCGGUACCCAAUCAAAUCAUGGGCAUGGUUGUGGUGGCACACGCACUUCCUCCGCCAACCAUCAAUGAGGUUCGGAUUGACUGCCAGAUGUUUGUUACACGGGUCAACAUGGAUCUCAACAUUGUUUACUGUGAAAACAGAAUCAGUGACUACAUGGACCUGACACCUGUCGACAUCGUAGGGAAGAGAUGUUAUCACUUCAUUCACGCAGAGGACGUGGAAGGCAUUCGGCAAAGCCAUUUAGACUUGCUGAAUAAAGGUCAGUGUGUGACAAAGUAUUACCGCUGGAUUCAGAAGAAUGGAGGUUAUAUCUGGAUCCAGUCCAGUGCCACUAUUGCAAUCAACACCAAGAAUGCCAACGAAAAAAACAUAAUCUGGGUCAACUAUGUACUCAGUAAUCCAGAGUACAAAGAUAUACCCAUGGAUAUCGCACAGCUGCCUAACCUGCCAGAGAAAGCAUCAGAGUCCUCAGAAACAUCUGAUUCUGAAUCCGACUCCAAGAACUCUGAAGACAAUGAAAACUCCAAGUCAGAUGGAAAGGGGAAUCAGUCUUCCGAGAACAGUGAAGAUCCAGAGUCGGACAGUAAGAAACAGACGGGCCAGCCGCCAGAGCAAGAGAUGAGACGACAGGAGGAAGGAGACAGUUCCAGCAAUCCAGAAAGUCAGGACAGUGAUGAUAGUCUGGAACCUUCUGACUGUGAAACCGACCACAAGGAGGGCCACCUAGGUGGUUUACACAUAAAGGUGGAGCGUUACGGUGAUGGUGAGGUGGAGAAACUACAGGACUCGCCCUCCUCUUGCUCCUCAGAAGAAGAAGAGGAUGAGGUGGAAGAUAUUGUGAAGGACUGCAACAGUGGAGGGGAGCUGAGCGGACCAGCAAUGAGUAAACACCAGAAGAGAAAGAAGAGGAGAAAAAAGCAGAAAUGGGAUGGAAGUCGACGUCUCCGUCUGUCUCCCUCGGCCGCUGCUACCCCCAGCCCUGGUAGCCUGGACCCCACCCUUGGAGACCAGCCUCCCCUCCUGCUUCCACCCUCCCCAACCAGUUCCUCUGUGCUGAAGAUCAAGACGGAGAUGUCAGAACCUAUAAACUUCGACAACGACAGCAGCAUCUGGAACUACCCACCCAACCGAGAGAUCUCCCGCAACGAGUCUCCCUACAGCAUGACAAAACCUCACAACACCUUCCCUUCUCCCCCGCCUGCCGGCCUGCAGGUGUCUAUCCCCGACUCUGUCCUCACUCCACCUGGUGCCGAGGGUGGUGGAGGCAGCAGAAAGCUCAACUUCAGUGGCAACAGUAGCAGCGGCAACAAUAACAGUGCCCCCACCUCUGUGUGCAGCGCAACUCCGGGCAGCUUGGUUCCUCCUUCCAGUUCCACCACCGCUGACCCGCUCUCCCCACCUCUCUCGGCAUCGCCACGGGACAAGCAGCAGGGUACACCCACCUCCUCCGGUUCCCUGCUCUACACCAGUGAUCUGGAAGCCCUGCAGCGGUUACAAGCGGGGAAUGUGGUACUUCCAUUGGUGCACAGAGUCACAGGCACGCUUGCUGCCACCAGCACGACUUCCCCACGAGUCUACACCACUGGAACGAUCCGAUACGCCCCAGCAGACGUCAGUCUGGCCAUGCAGGGCAACAUCCUGCCUAAUGCUCACACUGCUGUGAACUUCAUGGAUGGGCCCGGCUUUGGCAUAGACCCCAAGACACCCAUGGAGAUGCUGUACCAUCAUGUGCACAGGCUCAACAUGUCCACCCCCUUUGGGGGUGCGGUCAGUGGAGCCGGGCUCACUCAGAUGCCAGCUGCCAAUGUCUUCACCACAGCAGAGGGACUUUUCUCCACGCUUCCGUUUCCCGUCUACAGCAACGGCAUCCACAACACACAGACUCUGGAGCGCAAGGAGGAUUAAAGCAAAACAUCGAGACCAUAUUACUGUGUUCAACUGUGUUAAAAAGACUUCUGAGGCAAAAGACUGUGUUGGGGAAAAGUGAGAUGUUCUAGCACUUUGAAUUUUGAGCAAUUGAGCUUGUGUAACUGAAAUGAAUGGUUUCUCUUCCUGCGUCUUUCUAUCUCUUCGACUUUCUCUUUCUUCUUUCUCGCCUCCUUACACAAAUUCUUGAUGACGGUUUCUCUAAACAGACUAAUCUCUAUUGUAAAGAGUUCCUUCUGAGCCACAGGGAAUUCAUAGCACUGUAGCGUAUGUUUUCUCUGUGGUGUGAUAUUUGUCCAGAGUAUAUAACAUCCUCAUUAGGAUGUCUUAAAGGUAUUAGAAAAAGAAAAUUGACAAGAAAAGAAACUGUUUAUGUUUCUAAAGUUAUCUUGGUGUAAUCAAGAUUGAUGCUGACAAAAGGAUGUUACCCUAUUUGAUGUAGUUCAAAGGGUUUUGCGGUUCUUUCUAAAGGGGGAAUAGUAUUUUAGAAAUAAUGCUUUUUCUUCGUUUUUUUUAUAGCUCAACUUAACUUGCAAAUCAUGCAUUUUAAAAAAGCAAUUUAGCCGGGUAUUGACCUGUGAAUAGAAUGUUACUAUAAAAUCCCAGGACAUGGAACAGG